AUGUCGAACCAGUAUGCGCAGGGAACACUGAUAUGGGUGAAACACGAGGAAGAAGUCUGGAUACAGGCUGAAAUUGUCACAUCGAGCGAAAAGGAGAUCAUCGUCAAGACGGCCGAAGAUCCGAAUGGUCGACUGGUCCUGGGACCAAACGAACCGAUUUUCCUGAGGACGUCCGAUGUUUUCACAUCAGAGGGCUUGUCUGUGCUAGAUGAUUUGACGCAGUUGACGCACUUACACGAGCCGGCUGUGCUCAGCUCGCUACAGAAUCGUUUCGACAUAGACAAGAUCUACACAUUUACCGGACCUAUCCUCAUCGCAUUGAACCCUUUCAAGCAUAUUCCUGGCUUGUAUGAUGAAGAGAUUCUGAAGAACUUCAUCACGACAAAGCCAUCUACAAAGCCGCAUGUGUUCAGCACAUCAAACGCCUCCUAUCGCGGGAUUUGUGAUCGUCACAAGUCCCAGACCGUUCUCAUCAGUGGAGAGUCCGGUGCAGGCAAGACGGAGACGACAAAGUUUGUGAUGAAGUUUCUAGCCCUUGCAGGAUCUGCCGACGGUCAGGUUACUGAUGUAGAAAAGCAGGUGUUGGAGUCGAAUCCUUUGCUGGAAGCUUUCGGGAAUGCCCGAACCCUGCGGAAUGACAACUCCAGUCGAUUCGGAAAGUUCAUCGAGCUUCAGUUCCGGCCUUCCCAAGACUCCGGCGUUAAGGGCGCCGUCCAGGGCAUGUCUGGCGAAAGCUUGAGACUCUGCGGAGCCCGAAUCAGACACUACUUGCUCGAGAAAGUCCGGGUGUGUGAGCAGCAGGAAGGAGAGCGAAACUAUCAUAUCUUUUAUGAAGCUUGUGCAGCCGCGGCAAAGCUCGGCAGCAGCAAGGCCUACAGAUACCCGCAACUCUUGUCGAAAGAGAAGGUGGUAGAAGAGAUGGACAUCGAUUUGGAAGGUUUUGAGGAGCUCUCGAACUUUGCGUUUUUGACACGAUCCAGCUGCAAAACGCUGAAGGACGUUGAUGACGUGGAGAUGUUCGAGCGUCGCAUCCAUGCAAUGCAGACAAUAGGCAUCAAGAAGGAGGAUCUUUCGGAGAUUUUCCACAUGAUCGCCGCGGUCUUGAACCUUGGCAACUCCAAGUUUGAUGCACCUCCAAACAACAGCGAGGGAUCAAUGAUCAUGGCAGAAUGUGCGAGCCAUCUAGCUGCUGCCGAGAAGUUGCUGGGCAUCCAGAGCGGGGAUUUGGAGAAAGCGCUCUGCCAUCAGACGCGCAUCACGCGGUCAGAGAAAAUCCGCAGUCCUGUCAACGUCCGGCAGGCGGCGGACAACCGGGAUGCACUGGCGAAGGCUUUGUAUGGAAUCGUGUUCAAUUUCAUCGUCCACAGCACGAACCUGUCUAUCGGUUACAUCAACGACGUCAAGCUGUUCGUAGGAGUCCUGGAUAUCUUCGGAUUCGAGUGCUUUAAGAUGAAUUCGUUUGAGCAGCUGUGCAUCAAUUUCACCAACGAGAGGCUGCAGCAAUUCUUCAACUCCUUCGUCUUCAAGUUAGAAGAGCAGCUGUACGAGCGCGAGAACAUUCCAUGGGAUGCUCUGGAUUUCCCAGACAAUCAGGACUCCGUAGACUUGCUGGCGGGGAAAGGAACGGGUGUUUUCGCUAUGUUGGAUGAAGAGUGCCUCGUGCCAAACGGGUCCGAUCAAGGCUACUGCAACAAGUUGAUCAAACAGCAUAAAGGCCACCGCAGGUUCGAUGAGAUCAAGACAAAACCCACCUGGUUUGUCAUCAAGCACUUCGCUGGACCUGUCAGCUACUGCACGGAUUCCUUCUUGGACAAGAACCGAGAUCAGCUCAGCAAUGAUCUUAUCGAAUGCGUCGGAAACAGCUCAAACCAGUUUGUCGCGAAUCUAUUCCGGAAGGACCCCAAAUUCGCGGAGGCUUUCGCCAAAGAGGAGGAUCAGCCCAAGGGCGGCAAAAAGAAGAAGUAUACUGUGUCGUCAGAGUUCAAGGAGCAGCUCUCCAGCCUCAUGGACGUCGUGGAUCUCACCGAGCCCCACUUUAUCAGAUGCAUCAAGCCGAACCCACAGAACCUGCCAGACCUUUUCGACAGAAAGGGUGUCACCGAGCAGCUGCGCUAUGGUGGUGUCUUGCAAGUUGUCCAAGUCAGUCGGGCAGGCUAUCCGGUCCGGAUUAAUCACCAGGAGUGUUGGGAUGACUACAAGGUUGUGGGUUUGCCAAAGGUCAUCUCGGAGCUUCGACAUUUGCAGGACCCCAAGAUUCGAGCUCAGAAGUUGUUGGAGCACCUGGAUGCAGAAUUGAACAUCCCAAAGCCAAAGCAUGGCCAGUCGUGGGCAGUUGGCAAGACAUUGGUUUUCUUCAAGCUGCCAGCCUACGAACGUGUAAAGUUUGCUCGUUUGGAGCUGCUGAUCAAGAGCACGACGUUGAUCCAGGCGUCAUGGCGUGGCAAGGUACGGAGACGCAUGUUUGUCGCCAUACGACUGUUUACUCGUCAUGUGCAAGCGUUGCUGCGGUCGAAGCAGGCUCGCGCUGACCUUCAGAGGAGGAGGUCCGAGGACUGUGCCACGAAGCUGCAGGCUCACGCCCGAUCCAAGUUGGCACGGACCAGGUACCAAAAUAUCCUGCGCAAGGUGAUCAAGAUUCAAGCUGUGCGAAGAGGGGUGCUUGGCCGCCGAUAUGCCAAAGAGCACAGGCGUCAUGUCAGCGCGGCCAGGCUACAGAGUUUGGUCCGCACUCGAAGGGAGCACAGAAUCUACGACGCCUUGAGGCAGUCGAUCGUAUUUGCCCAGCAGCGUCUCCGGAUGCGCAAUGCAAAAGGGCAGCUCAAGAAGUUGAAGCAAGAAGCAAAGGAGGUUGGAGCCAUGAUGGCCAAAGCGCAAAAGGCACAAGAGCAGGCUUCCGAAAUGCGAAAGCACAACGAGGAAAUGGAGGCUCACCAACUUCAACUACAGUCAGAGAACAAGACGCUGUCAAAUAAAGUCAAGCAUCUCGAGGAGAUGUUGCAGCAGAUGCAGCAGCAAUUCGAGGAAAUGAAGGUGCAGGCGGCUGAAGCUGCCAAGUUGGCUGCGGAUCAAUCCAAGACGGUGGUUGAGGCGGAAAAGAUGGAGGGUCUCAACAGCCAGCUGAGCCAGCGGGAUGAGGAGCUGGCCGGGCUGCACAAAGAGCUCCAGGAGAUGAAGGAGACUCACGCCAAGCAGCAGGAGUCUCUGAAGUCAGCAGAGGCCAAUUACCAGCAGCUUCUCCGAAGCACUGCUAUGCAGUCCGUUGGUGCAAGCGCCGGUGCACCAGCACCUGCACGCAGUGCAGCGCGGGGGAACCGAAAUGUUUUCAUCCAGUUGGUCGGCGCAGCGGCCACAGGCAAAACAACGAUGCUGGGGUCGCUGAUACAGGAGAAUGAUCCAGGGCAGAUGUCCAACUUCGAGGAGCAGAGGAACAACCUUAUGGUGCAUCAUCAGUUCCAGAUAAGCGGCCGCACGCUGAAAUUCCUGGAUUGCUCCGGCAACGACCGUGCCGCGCACUUGGUGAAGGAAUGGUUUGCUCGCACACAGUGGGUCUUCGUGGUCUACAACUUGACCGACACCAGGUCCUACGAAAAAGCUUUGACAUUGGUUACGGAAGCCCGGCAAGCUGGGGCCAGUGUCGUGCUGUUUGCCAACAAGUUCGAUGUCAAUCAGGGCAAACCAGUCGAGGUCAACUUGCAGGAAGCUCACGAUAAGGGCACUCAGCUUGGUGCCUACGUGGGCGAAGGCAUUUCGUUGUCGGACUGGGCUAGGUUCGCUGCCAGCCAGGACGAGACGCAAGCGCCAGCAGAAGAUGCGGCUCCCGAUGGAGCGACUUCUGACGAUGCGCAAAAACGCAGCUCGAUCUCAGCAGCUAUUGACUCCGUGAAGUCCUGGUUCGGUACGGCGCCAGAGAAGGGUGGCAAGGCCGCUGGAGUUCUGCGAGCAUCCCUGAAGGGCACUAAGGCGAUGAAACAGGCUAAACGUGAUGUCGACCCCAACGCAGAUCUUAAGCCUGUUCAAGAGUUGCAGGACUCAGAGUCCGCAGUCACCUGCGUAUGUUUUGGCCAAGAAAGGCUUCACAGGGCGUACAUACUCUUCGUCACAGCAUCCAAAGAUGGUACAGUCGUGGUAUACCGAUGCUACAGGACUGAAAUGGAGAUUGCAAUGCUGGCUGCGGAAGACUUCCGGGGAGACAACGCAGCGCCUCCUCCUGAUCAUUCUAACAUCGCCGUACAUUCUCGGCUUGUCGGCCAUUCCCGUGCAAUUACCUCGGUCUUCUUCAAUCUACUGGAGGACCAGCUAGUCACAACAUCGAUUGACAAGUCAGUGCGUUUCUGGAACGUGGACACCGGGGAGAUGUUGAAGGUUUUCACAGACUCUUCUCCAGUGCCAGUGGCUGCUUUCCUACCUUUCAAUCCGCAGGUUUUUGUUGCAGCCAACUCGAAUGCCGUCCUGCGGCUCGUGAACGUGCAGAACGGCAUGGUCCUGCAGAAGCUCAAGGUCGAAACCGAAGUGCGCACUUUGAAGUUCGACGAUACGGGCCUAUUCCUGCUGGCUGGCACGAAAAGUGGUUCCAUCCACGUCUUGGAGGCAACAGAUGCCAGCACUUUGAAGUUUAAGUUCAAGGUGCAGCUGGCACGGGGAGGCGUGACAUGCUUGGUCUUCGUACCUGCAGCCCAUGGCCAGCCGCCUUGCUUGUUGGUCAACACAUCCGACUCAUCAGCGUCGAUCAUUGAUUGCACGUACGGGCCUCCCCCCGGGGUGCUCACGAACUUGGCUGUGAGGCACCGUGUUCGUGUCGCCCAUGCGCUGCUUCCUCUAAAGUGCUGUUAUUCACCGUCCAGCCAGGGAUAUCUCAUUUCUGCAUCUGAGGACAAGGAGGUCUACAUCUACUCCCUUGCAAAGGGUGCGAAUUACAAGAUGAGUUACUUGAAGCAUCACCAGGUGCCUGUCGUGGCGGUGGCGACCAACCACCAGGACACGCUGUUGGCGAGUGCCGACUCACUGGGUCGGGUUGUGCUGUGGAGAAGGAUGGAUUUCUCGCACCUUCCCGAUUGA